AGCUAAUGAAUCAAUCAAUAACUGAUCUGAAUGUGCCUUUUCUGUACUGUAAAUGUACUAUGGCAAGGCUAUAUGCAACCAAUCAGCUAUAGAUUUAGAGAUUAUAUAUACCUGCACAAGAGAAUGAGGAUUUCUUCAGUCUCCAAGAUGCUGCUGAUUGCCAUCUGUAUGCUGGUAGUAAGCUCUACACAUGCACAAGAAUCAUGUUUUUCUUCUCUCGAUUGCCACGGUGAUGUAUUUGGUGGAUUCCCUGCCACUCUGUCAGGCUGCUGUGUCCCCAGUGGAGGGUUGUCAUAUGGAGAAGGUCCUCAAUGCUCUAACUGCUACAGUGAGGGAAGUUUCACAACCGAGGGCAAUUCCUUUUUCAUUGGUUUCUUUGCCAACGUAAAACUAGACGUGAGCUCCAGAAUCAACAAAGUUUGGUUUGCUGUCAAAUCUGUAACUAACCAACAAGUCAUUGUCUUUGUACAAUCUCCCUUGAGCAGUGAAGUCAACAAAUACUCCACCCCUUUUGAAAUUGAUUUUCCAGCUGACAAAGUUAAUCUCCAGAGCCCUGAAAAGAGAAAUCAAGGUUUCUUCAUCUACUCCGAAGAAGGAAAACCUAUAUCAGUGAUAGCUCUCGCUGAAGAAAUUCAUUCCUCCGAUGCUUUCAAAGUUCUUCCUUGUGUGCAUCACCCUAGCGACGGUUACGAGUAUUAUGCCGUGUCAGUGCCAAUUUCGCAGAUAGAACGGCAAGAUGAUGAUGAAGAUGACGAUUUUUCCCAAGCCAGCGAGUUUUUAGACAUUGAAGAAAGAAGUGCAUUGGUUAUUGUAACUACUGAAGAUAACACCACAUUGCAAAUCACUUUAACUCAAAAUGUUUAUCUAUUUGCUGACGAUUUGAAGGAUCAAGUUCCUAAAGGGAAGAUAGAAGCUGGUCAGCCAGUAACUAUUAACAUUGCUAAGAAAAUUCAAACUCUAUAUUUGGGCAGUGAUGAAGAUUUGUCAGGUUCAAGAGUCGUGUCCGACAAACCGAUUGCGUUCUUUAGUGGUCACGAGUGUGGAACUGUUCCCAGCAAUAUCAGCUAUUGUGAUCACAUGAACGAGCAGAUACCACCCACUGCUACCUGGGGCAAGCAAUUCAUCACUGCUCCUCUGGCUAAUAGGACCUCCGGUGACACUUUCAAAAUUGUAGCCUCAAGGGAUAAUACGAAUGUUCAAAUUAGAUGUACUAGCGACAAAUCAAUGUCAGUGUCUCUGAGUAGGGGUGAGAUAAGUCAGUUUGUUUUAUCUUCUGAUGAUUCUUGCUACUUUAUGUCGAGUCAACCGAUUCUACUCGUGCAGUUUUCUAUGUCAAGUACUUUAGAUGGCGUGUUUCUUAGUGACCCGUUCAUGAUUGUUGUACCCCCUGUGGAGCAGUAUCGCAGCCGCUACAACACCCACUCGUUUAGAAGUUCUGUCAGUACUAAAGAUCAGAUUGGGUAUUACUUUUUGAAUAUUCUAUUUCCAGUUCAUACAUUACCAUCUGGAAUUCGUCUUAAUGACAGGAACAUUUCAAGCAGCGAAAUAACAGAAAUUCCAUGUCCUGAUAGCGAAGAAAUUUGUGCUUACUCGAUACUAGUUGAAGGUGUUAGCGACUCUCCGAUACUACGCCACGUUGACAACAUGAGGAUCAAUGCGAUUGUGUACUGGUACGAAUUCAGAGUGGGCUACGGCUACUUUGCGGGAAUGACCCAAAGGCCUAUUGCAUUGCCAGCUGUUUCUUUAAUAUCCAGUAUGUUCACUGCAUUCGAGAAUAAUAGCUCCGUAAACGUGACCGUAAUGAGGGAGGGGGAUCUGGAUUCGGAAAUUGUUGUCAAACUUAAAACAUCUCAGCUGGUUGAAGAUAAUGUUGCUAUUGCCGGUGUUGACUUUGUGCAUACUGAAGAGAAUGUGACAUUUGCACGAGGUGUAGAUCAAGCCCAGAUAACUAUCCCACUGAUCAACGAUGUCUUCCCUGAGGCAACGGAAUCAUUCCAAGUGUUCCUGUCUGCCUUCCCCGGAGUGUAUAUUCAGGCUCCGGCAGUCGCUACCGUUGUUAUCAAUGAUCGAGACCCUGAUUUGCCUGUAAUGAAUGUGAGUUUCUCUGCGGUGUCACUGAAUGACGUGGAGGGGAGCGUGGUCAGAUUCACGCUUGACAAGACUCAAGGGGCAGUGGGUGACGUCAGUGUCAGACUCUUCACUAAUGAUGACUCAGCAAUUGCUGGUAGGGACUAUCAGAGCAUUGAUGAAGUGAUUACCUUUGCCAUUGAGGAGCUGCAGUACGAGGGAACACUGCUCAUCAUGAACGAUGAAGUUGUGGAGAAUGUGGAGCAGUUAAGUCUUCAGAUUGAGGCCCUAGAUGGAAUGUUUCCUGUGAAUGUGGUGGACGCAGCUGCCAUGGUUACUAUCACUGAUGAUGAUGUUGCUGUGUUCAGUUUCCUACAAGCAACAUACUCCACAAACAAGUCAGAUUUUGUUGUACAAGUGUCUUUGGAGUAUGGUGUCCUCGACAGAACUGUUGAAUUGCAGCUGAUAAGCCAGAGUGGAUCUGCAAUAGAGAAUAUGGACUAUGUGGGCAUCAAUGAGACAGUCGUAUUCAGUCCCGAUGGUCCCUCGUCUGUACCAAUAACGAUAAUGAUCAUUCCCGAUGGUCUAGUUGAGAGAGAUGAGACAUUUUCUAUCGGCUUGACAAUCUCCCAACAAGACGCUACUGGGAACAUUGUCAUUGGAAGAGACGUGGCUCAGAUCACCAUCAAUGACUUAGAUACUGCUGUGAUUGUGCUUGAAGGUGUGAGGAGUGUUAUUCGGGAGGGAGGAGGCAGUGCUCGGUUCAAUAUCAGACUACUCUCUGGUGAACUAGGGAUACCAGUGGAUCUAGUGUACUCUACAUACAACAUCAAUGCCACAGGUGGAGACUCAAAUCUGGAGGACUAUGUGGCUGCUUUAAAUGAGCCAGUCACACUUUCUUCACUAUCACCAAUCUUUGAAGGACUCAUCGUAGUCAAUGACGAUGGAGUGUUUGAGGGAGAAAUAAAUGAGAGGUUUGGAGUGCAGCUGUCUCUGUUGUCUGGAGUUCCUGACAGAGUCACCAUUCAAACUUCUAGAUCUAGUAUUGAGUUUCAGAUUGAAGACAAUGAUUCAAGACAGGUUGCUCGAGUUGGAUUUUCCCAGAGUAGCUUCACCACAGUGGAGGAGGCUGGAACAGCUGUUCUUGUUGUCAAUAGCAAUGGCGCUAACCCCGACCCAGUCAUUGUCAGUUACACCGUGGAAAAAAGGAACACACAAGAUGGCAGUGAUGUCACUGUUACCAGUGGUUCCCUAAUGCUGUUCCCUGGAGUUUGGAGUGUACCUCUAACAAUUGAGCUCACACAAGACACCACUCCAGAACCAUCCGAACUAUUCAACGUCACACUCACAGCUGGAGAUGACGUUUCCCUGGAAAUAAGCACUGCCACUAUCACCUUACUAGACACAGAUGUACCCAACUGUGGUCCCCUCUCCCCACCCCCUAAUGGAAGUGUGAUCACCCGCUCUAGUACCACAGCGUGUAACGUAGCUCUAUACUUGUGUGAUGAUGGAUUGGUUUUGAGUGGAUCUACAGUUCGAUUUUGUGAUAACAAUGGAUUGUGGAUUCCAGAUAUACCUACAUGCAAAGUUCCAACUUGUGGGCAACUGUCUAGGCCUGUCAAUGGAGAUCUAUCUUUGUCCGACGAUGUAAAUGAAGGAAGUGUGGCAACGUACACCUGUGACGAAGGGUUCAAUCUGACCGGAUCAACCACUCGUAUCUGUACCACUAAAGGAGGAUGGACUCUGAUUGCACCUGUCUGUCUGAGAGCAGUUGCUGACUGUGGUCCCCUCUCCCCACCUACCAAUGGGAGCGUGGUCACACCUUCUGGCACCACUACUGGUAACUUAGGUUCCUACUCGUGUGAUAAUGGACUGGUUUUGAAUGGUUUUUCUAUUCGAUUCUGUGACAAUAGCGGAUUGUGGACUCCAGAAGAUAUACCUUCAUGUGGAGUUCCAACUUGUGAGCAAUUACCAGAGCUUGUGAAUGGAGAUCUAUCUUUGUCCAGUGGUGUAAAUGAAGGAAGUGUGGCAACGUACACUUGUGACGAAGGGUUUAUUCUGACAGGAUCAAUCACUCGUACCUGUACCAGCAAUGGAGAAUGGACUCUGAUUGCACCUGUCUGUCUGAGAGCAGUUGCUGACUGUGGCCCCCUCUCCCCACCUACCAAUGGGAGCGUGAUCACACCUUCUGGCACCACUACUGGUGACUUAGGUUCCUACUCGUGUGAUGAUGGACUGGUUUUGAAUGGUUUUUCUAGUCGAUUCUGUGACAAUAGUGGAUUGUGGACUCCAGAAGAUAUACCUUCAUGUGGAGUUCCAACUUGUGGGCAAUUACCAGAGCUUGUCAAUGGAGAUCUAUCUUUGUCCGAUGAUGUCAAUGAAGGUAGUGUGGCAACGUACACAUGUGACACAGGGUUCAAUCUGACCGGAUCGAUCACUCGUACCUGUACCACUAAUGGAGGAUGGACUCUGAUUGCACCUGUCUGUCUGAGAGCAGUUGCUGACUGUGGUCCCCUCUCCCCACCUACCAAUGGGAGCGUGGUCACACCUUCUGGCACCACUACUGGUAACUUAGGUUCCUACUCGUGUGAUAAUGGACUGGUUUUGAAUGGUUUUUCUAUUCGAUUCUGUGACAAUAGCGGAUUGUGGACUCCAGAAGAUAUACCUUCAUGUGGAGUUCCAACUUGUGAGCAAUUACCAGAGCUUGUGAAUGGAGAUCUAUCUUUGUCCAGUGGUGUAAAUGAAGGAAGUGUGGCAACGUACACUUGUGACGAAGGGUUUAUUCUGACAGGAUCAAUCACUCGUACCUGUACCAGUAAUGGAGAAUGGACUCUGAUUGCACCUGUCUGUCUGAGAGCAGUUGCUGACUGUGGUCCCCUCUCACCACCUACCAAUGGGAGCGUGGUCACACCUUCUGGCACCACUACUGGUAACUUAGGUUCCUACUCGUGUGAUAAUGGACUGGUUUUGAAUGGUUUCUCUAUUCGAUUCUGUGACAAUAGCGGAUUGUGGACUCCAGAAAAUAUACCUUCAUGUGGAGUUCCAACUUGUGGGCAAUUACCAGAGCUUGUGAAUGGAGAUCUAUCUUUGUCCGACGAUGUCAAUGUAGGUAGUGUGGCAACGUACACCUGUGACACAGGGUUCAAUCUGACCGGAUCGAUCACUCGUACCUGUACCACUAAUGGAGGAUGGACUCUGAUUGCACCUGUCUGUCUGAGAGCAGUUGCUGACUGUGGUCCCCUCUCCCCACCUACAAAUGGGAGCGUGGUCACACCUUCUGGCACCACUACUGGUAACUUAGGUUCCUACUCGUGUGACAAUGGACUGGUUUUGAAUGGUUUUUCUAUUCGAUUCUGUGACAAUAGCGGAUUGUGGACUCCAGAAGAUAUACCUUCAUGUGGAGUUCCAACUUGUGGGCAAUUACCAGACCUUGUGAAUGGAGAUCUAUCUUUGUCCGACGAUGUCAAUGAAGGUAGUGUGGCAACGUACACUUGUGACGAAGGGUUCAUUCUGACAGGAUCGAUCACUCGUACCUGUACCACUAAUGGAGGAUGGACUCUGAUUGCACCUGUCUGUCUGAGAGCAGUUGCUGACUGUGGUCCCCUCUCACCACCUACCAAUGGGAGUGUGAUCACACCUUCUGGCACCACUACUGGUAACUUAGGUUCCUACUCGUGUGAUAAUGGACUGGUUUUGAAUGGUUUUUCUAUUCGAUUCUGUGACAAUAGCGGAUUGUGGACUCCAGAAGAUAUACCUUCAUGUGGAGUUCCAACUUGUGGGCAAUUACCAGAGCUUGUCAAUGGAGAUCUAUCUUUGUCCAGUGGUGUAAAUGAAGGAAGUGUGGCAACGUACACUUGUGACGAAGGGUUCAUUCUGACAGGAUCGAUCACUCGUACCUGUACCACUAAUGGAGGAUGGACUCUGAUUGCACCUGUCUGUCUGAGAGCAGUUGCUGACUGUGGUCCCCUCUCACCACCUACCAAUGGGAGCGUGGUCACACCUUCUGGCACCACUACUGGUAACUUAGGUUCCUACUCGUGUGAUAAUGGACUGGUUUUGAAUGGUUUUUCUAUUCGAUUCUGUGACAAUAGCGGAUUGUGGACUCCAGAAAAUAUACCUUCAUGUGGAGUUCCAACUUGUGGGCAAUUACCAGAGCUUGUCAAUGGAUAUCUAUCUUUGUCCAGUGGUGUAAAUGAAGGAAGUGUGGCAACGUACACUUGUGACGAAGGGUUUAUUCUGACAGGAUCAAUCACUCGUACUUGUACCACUAAUGGAGGAUGGACUCUGAUUGCACCUGUCUGUCUGAGAGCAGUUGCUGACUGUGGUCCCCUCUCCCCACCUACAAAUGGGAGCGUGGUCACACCUUCUGGCACCACUAUUGGUAACUUAGGUUCCUACUCGUGUGACAAUGGACUGGUUUUGAAUGGUUUUUCUAUUCGAUUCUGUGACAAUAGCGGAUUGUGGACUCCAGAAGAUAUACCUUCAUGUGGAGUUCCAACUUGUGAGCAAUUACCAGAGCUUGUGAAUGGAGAUCUAUCUUUGUCUAGUGGUGUAAAUGAAGGAAGUGUGGCAACCUACACCUGUGACACAGGGUUCAUUCUGACAGGAUCAAUCACUCGUACCUGUACCACUAAUAGAGGAUGGACUCUGAUUGCACCUGUCUGUCUGAGAGCAGUUGCUGACUGUGGUCCCCUCUCACCACCUACCAAUGGGAGCGUGGUCACACCUUCUGGCACCACUACUGGUAACUUAGGUUCCUACUCGUGUGAUAAUGGACUGGUUUUGAAUGGUUUUUCUAUUCGAUUCUGUGACAAUAGCGGAUUGUGGACUCCAGAAAAUAUACCUUCAUGUGGAGUUCCAACUUGUGGGCAAUUACCAGAGCUUGUCAAUGGAGAUCUAUCUUUGUCCAGUGGUGUAAAUGAAGGAAGUGUGGCAACGUACACUUGUGAUGAAGGGUUCAUUCUGACAGGAUCAAUCACUCGUACCUGUACCAGUAAUGGAGAAUGGACUCUGAUUGCACCUGUCUGUCUGAGAGCAGUUGCUGACUGUGGCCCCCUCUCCCCACCUACCAAUGGAAGCGUGAUCACACCUUCUGGCACCACUACUGGUGACUUAGGUUCCUACUCGUGUGAUGAUGGACUGGUUUUGAAUGGUUUUUCUAGUCGAUUCUGUGACAAUAGCGGAUUGUGGACUCCAGAAGAUAUACCUUCAUGUGGAGUUCCAACUUGUGGGCAAUUACCAGAGCUUGUCAAUGGAGAUCUAUCUUUGUCCGAUGAUGUCAAUGAAGGUAGUGUCGCAACGUACACCUGUGACACAGGGUUCAAUCUGACCGGAUCGAUCACUCGUACCUGUACCACUAAUGGAGGAUGGACUCUGAUUGCACCUGUCUGUCUGAGAGCAGUUGCUGACUGUGGUCCCCUCUCACCACCUACCAAUGGGAGUGUGAUCACACCUUCUGGCACCACUACUGGUAACUUAGGUUCCUACUCGUGUGAUAAUGGACUGGUUUUGAAUGGUUUUUCUAUUCGAUUCUGUGACAAUAGCGGAUUGUGGACUCCAGAAGAUAUACCUUCAUGUGGAGUUCCAACUUGUGGGCAAUUACCAGAGCUUGUGAAUGGAGAUCUAUCUUUGUCCGAUGAUGUAAAUGAAGGAAGUGUGGCAACGUACACUUGUGACGAAGGGUUCAUUCUGACAGGAUCGAUCACUCGUACCUGUACCACUAAUGGAGGAUGGACUCUGAUUGCACCUGUCUGUCUGAGAGCAGUUGCUGACUGUGGUCCCCUCUCACCACCUACCAAUGGGAUUGUGAUCACACCUUCUGGCACCACUACUGGUAACUUAGGUUCCUACUCGUGUGAUAAUGGACUGGUUUUGAAUGGUUUUUCUAUUCGAUUCUGUGACAAUAGCGGAUUGUGGACUCCAGAAGAUAUACCUUCAUGUGGAGUUCCAACUUGUGGGCAAUUACCAGACCUUGUCAAUGGAGAUCUAUCUUUGUCCAACGAUGUCAAUGAAGGUAGUGUGGCAACGUACACCUGUGAUGAAGGGUUCAUUCUGACCGGAUCAAUCACUCGUACCUGUACCACUAAUGGAAGAUGGACUCUGAUUGCACCUGUCUGUCUGAGAGCAGUUCCUGACUGUGGUCUCCUCUCCCCACCCCCUAAUGGGAAUGUGGUCACACCCUCUGGUACCACAGCCGGUAACGUAGCUCUUUACUCGUGUGCCGAGGGACUGGUUUUAACUGGCUCUACUGUUCGUGUGUGCGGGAAUAAUGCACUAUGGAUCCCAGAGGCACCCACUUGCGAAGCUCAACCCACCCAAGGUCCCACACUUGCUCCUCUGAUCCUGAACUGCAGUGCCAAGUUUCUCGCUGAGUCUCAGCAAGUGAGUGUGAGCUGCACGUCAAGUAGGGACCUUGACGGCUUGGAUUUUGAGUGCAGCUUUAAUGAUGAAUCAGUAACAGAAGGAUGUGGACAAUUCCCGUUCUUUGUGUCUGUCUCUGGAGCUUCAGGAAGCCAUACCAUUGUCAUCAGUGCAACUGAUCCAGCUGAUGGAGCCGGUUUCACGUCAACCAUUACAAUCACAACCACAGCCCCUGAAAUUGAGACCCAACCAGAGAGUGUGGGUGUCGAGCAAGGCGGAAGUGCCUCAUUCACCGUGGAGGCCUCUGGUGCAGAACUGACCUACCAGUGGUUUGGUCCUGGCGGAGUGGCUCUGACUGACAGUGACGGAGAGAUUGAGGGGUCCACUUCAGGAACGUUGACAGUUUUCAACGCUGAGCCUGGCGAUGCGGGAGACUACACGGUGGUUGUGACCAACAGUGCGGGAUCAGUCACCUCUGAUGCUGCAAGUCUGUCUAUUGGUCCUGCAAUUGACGUACAGCCGAGCGAUGUGAAUGCUGCGGAAGCGGGUGGAACUGCCACAUUCACCGUGGAAGCCUCUGGUGAAGGACUGUUGAGCUACCAGUGGUUUGGUCCUGGCGGGGACGCUCUCACUGACGUUGACGGAGACAUCGAAGGAUCCAAUUCAUCCACCCUGCAAAUCAUCAAUGUUGAGUCUGGCGAUGCUGGAGAUUACACAGUCGUUGUGACCAACAGUGCGGGAUCAGUCAUCUCUGAUGCUGCAACCCUGUCUAUCGAUCCUAGCUUUAUCCGUGGGUGUUUUCUUGACUAUCAAUGUUCUGGUGACACUAUUGGGCUGGGAGCUACGGGUUCAGAAGAGAUUGAGAGAAGAGAGUGCUGUGUCAAUACAGAGGCACUAUCAUACACAACAUCGGACCAAUGCUUUGAUUGUAUAGUGUAUGGAUUCCUGGAGAAUCGUCUUGUUCUACCUGAGCGUUUAUCUGCUUAUGAGAUUGAGAUUGGAUAUCUGAAGCGUCCUAGUACCACCACUACCAUCCUUCUAGGAAACGUUGCAGUAGACCCUGCUGGAACUGCAAGUCCCACCAGAGACUACUCUUUGGGAAAUCCUAGAUUUAGAGUAUUUACAACUAGGAAUGCUAUCUACCAGUUCACUCUGAGAGCUGACAGUAUUGCUGCAGAGGAUGAUGAAACGCUCCUGUUUGAGCUGACUCUAAUGUCCACCCCACCAUCUCCCAACGCAUUGUUUCUAAACAGUCUAACAGUUGUGAUUAUAGACAGUGACGUUGUAAACUUUGAGUUGGAAAAAAACGAUUACAGUGCUUCUGAGAGAACUGGAUUUAUAGAAGUUACCAUCAGGAAGAACUUAAGACUGGCCAAUAGGGUUACUGCACUGCUGACCCCGUACGCUGUCGAAGAUGCUAUCAGAUUGGGUCAACCAAUACCUGAUGGUAUCCCAGAUGAUGACAAUCCAUACUCUCCGAAUCGUGCUAGAUGUUUUCCUGAGAGCCUUCAAGACUUCUCACCAGAUGCAAUUGCUGUAACUGUAGAGGCUGACGAGGACGGAUCCCAGAAAAAUGAUGUUGACGUCCAAAUACCUAUCGUAAAUGAUGAAUUCGAUGAAGCUGAUGAGGAAGUGUUCAUACUUGUUGUCUCAGUUCAAGGAAGCAAUGACGAGAGUUCAGGCAGACGCUCAUCACUAUGCAUCAUUCAAGAUGACGAUGAUAUACGUAUUGGGUUUGAGAAUGCAUCAUACACCUUUGUUGAGCCUCAGGAGGCACGGAACGUCACUGUUACUCUUGAAAAGCAAGAUGGGCGCAUAUCAGAACAGACCUUCCUGGUUACUAUUGAAGCCAGCUCUAACACACCAAAUGCCAGUAUUUCACCAGCCACGAUAUCUACAUUGAAUGGAGAUGGAAGUGUUAGUAACAAUGACUACUCUAUAUCAGCUCAAGGGGAGAAUACUGUCCUGCUAGUAUUUGGUCCGGACGAUCAGACGGUAGACUUUGAAUUUACACUCUAUCCAGACAAUAUCACAGAGAGCCUGGAGGCGUUUCAAGUUCGUAGGAUCCGUACUGACUUUUCUGGUCCACCUUUUCUACCCCCUACAUCUGGUGCUCUGUUUUCAUCUAGCUUCAUUCUCAUCGCUGAAUUGUUCAUUGUUAACCAGCCAAGAAGUAGUGGAGUGGCCACUGGUGGAACCUCCACGUUUUCUGUUGUGGCCUCUGGGACAGAUCUGAGCUACCAGUGGUUUGGUCCUAAUGGUGAAGCUCUCACGGACAGUGAAGGAGAUAUUGAGGGAUCCACUACAGCUACCUUGCGGAUUGUCAGUGCUCAAUCAGAUGAUGUUGGAAACUACCGUGUUCAAGUGUUCGCUACUGGCGGAUACAUAUUUUCAAAUGAAGCAACUUUGACAAUUGUCUCUCCACCUGAAAUUACAAGGCAACCAAGCAAUGUUGAAGUUGCUGCUGGUUCAACUGCCACAUUUAUUGUGGAGGCUUCUGGUGAAGGACUGAGCUACCAGUGGUAUGGCCUCGACGGAGAAGCUCUGACCGACAACACCGGUGAGAUUGAGGGAUCUAUUACAGACACAUUGCGGAUCGUUGAUGCUCAGUCUGGUGAUGCUGGAAACUACGGAGUUAGUGUAUCCAAUGUUGCUGGAUUAGUGGAUUCUGAGGAGGUCACGCUAACCAUAGUUGAUCCACCCGUAAUUACAAGACAGCCAAACGAUGUUGAAGCUGCUGCAGGUUCAACUGCCACAUUUACAGUGGAGGCAUUUGGUGAAGGACUGACCUACCAAUGGUUUGGUCCUGACGGAGAGUCUCUCACAGACAGUGAUGGAAGGAUUGAAGGAUCCACUGCAGCUACAUUGCAGAUAGUUGCUGCUCAAUCUGGUGAUGCUGGAAACUACACAGUUCUUGUAUCCAAUAUUGGUGGGUCAGUGGAUUCUGAGGAGGCCACGCUAACUAUAGUCACUGAACCAGUAAUUACAAGACAGCCAAUCAGUGUUAGAGUUACUAUUGGUGCCAAUGCCACAUUCACCGUGGAAGCCUCUGGUGCAGGACUGACCUACCAAUGGUUUGGUGCCAAUGGAGAGGCUCUCACAGACAGUAAUGGAAGGAUUGAGGGAUCCACUACAACUACUUUGCAGAUUGUUUUUGCUCAGUCUGGUGAUGCUGGAAACUACAGUGUCCGUGUGUCCAAUCUUGGUGGAUCAGUAGAUUCUGAAGAGGCCAUAUUAUACAUUGCUGCAGCUACUCAACCACCAGUCAUUACAAGUCAGCCUAGUGAUAUAGAAGUUGGAGUUGGUGGAAAUGCUACAUUCACCGUGAAAGCCUCUGGUGAAGGAUUAAGCUACCAGUGGUUUGGUCCUGGCAGGAACGCUCUCACUGACGUGGAUGGAGACAUCGAAGGAUCCAAUUCAUCCACCCUGCAAAUUAUCAAUGCUGAGUCUGGCGAUGCUGGAGAUUACACAGUCGUUGUGACCAACAGUGCGGGAUCAGUCGUCUCUGAUGCUGCAACUCUGUCUAUUGCUCAACCUACCCAAGGUUCCACACUAGCUCCUCUGAUCCUGAACUGCAGAGCCGAGUUCCUCGCUGAGUCUCAGCAAGUGAGUGUGAGCUGCACGUCAAGUAGGGACCUCGACAGCUUGGACUUUGAGUGCAGCUUCAAUGAUGAAUCAGUAACAGAAGGAUGUGGACAAUUCCCGUUCUUUGUGUCUGUCGCUGGAGCUUCAGGAAGCCAAACCAUUGUCAUCAGUGCAACCGAUCCAGCGGAUGGAGCUGGUUUCACGUCAACCAUUACAAUCACAACCACAGCCCCUGAAAUUGAGACCCAACCAGAGAGUGUGGGUGUCGAGCAAGGCGGAAGUGCCUCAUUCACCGUGGAGGCCUCUGGUGCAGGACUGACCUACCAGUGGUUUGGUCCUGGUGGAGUGGCUCUGACUGACAGUGACGGAGAGAUUGAGGGGUCCACUUCAGGAACGUUGACAGUUUUCAACGCUGAGCCUGGCGAUGCGGGAGACUACACGGUCGUUGUGACCAACAGUGCGGGAUCAGUCACCUCUGAUGCUGCAAGUCUGUCUAUUGGUCCUGCAAUUGACGUACAGCCGAGCGAUGUGAAUGCUGCGGAAGCGGGUGGAACUGCCACAUUCACCGUGGAAGCCUCUGGUGAAGGACUGUUGAGCUACCAGUGGUUUGGUCCUGGCGGGGACGCUCUCACUGACGUUGACGGAGACAUCGAAGGAUCCAAUUCGUCCACCCUGCAAAUCAUCAAUGUUGAGUCUGGCGAUGCUGGAGAUUACACAGUCGUUGUGACCAACAGUGUGGGAUCAGUCAUCUCUGAUGCUGCAAUCCUGUCUAUCGGCGAAGCCCCCGUGAUUGGGACCCAACCAGAGAAUGUGGACGUUGAGCGGGGUGGGAAUGCCACGCUCAGUGUGGUGGCAACCGGAGAGGGACUGAGCUACCAGUGGUUUGGUCCUGAUGGAGAGAUUGAAGGAGCCACCGCAUCCACUUUACGGAUUACCAAUGCUGGACCAGAUGACGCUGGCGACUAUAGAGUGCGAAUUACAACAGUCAAUGGAGGAAUUGUCGAUUCUGACACUGUCUCACUUUCCGUCGGUCCUGCAAUUGACGUACAACCGAGCAAUGUGAAUGCGGAAGCGGGUGGAACUGCCACACUCACCGUGGAAGCCUCUGGUGAAGGAUUGAGCUACCAGUGGUUUGGUCCUGGCGGGAACGCUCUCACUGACGUCGACGGAGACAUCGAAGGAUCCAAUUCAUCCACCCUGCAAAUUAUCAAUGUUGAGUCUGGCGAUGCUGGAGACUACACAGUCGUUGUGACCAACAGUGCGGGAUCAGUCGUCUCUGAUGCUGCAACUCUGUCUAUUGCUCAACCUACCCAAGGUCCCACACUUGCUCCUCUGAUCCUGAACUGCAGUGCCGAGUUCCUCGCUGAGUCUCAGCAAGUGAGUGUGAGCUGCACGUCAAGUAGGGACCUCGACGGCUUGGACUUUGAGUGCAGCUUCAAUGAUUCAUCAGUAACAGAAGGAUGUGGACAAUUCCCGUUCUUUGUGUCUGUCGCUGGAGCUUCAGGAAGCCAGACCAUUGUCAUCAGUGCAACUGAUCCAGCGGAUGGAGCUGGUUUCACGUCAACCAUUACAAUCACAACUACAGCCCCUGAAAUUGAGACCCAACCAGAGAGUGUGGGUGUCGAGCAAGGCGGAAGUGCCUCAUUCACCGUGGAGGCCUCUGGUGCAGGACUGACCUACCAGUGGUUUGGUCCUGGUGGAGUGGCUCUGACUGACAGUGACGGAGAGAUUGAGGGGUCCACUUCAGGAACGUUGACAGUUUUCAACGCUGAGCCUGGCGAUGCGGGAGACUACACGGUCGUUGUGACCAACAGUGCGGGAUCAGUCACCUCUGAUGCUGCAAGUCUGUCUAUUGGUCCUGCAAUUGACGUACAGCCGAGCGAUGUGAAUGCUGUGGAAGCGGGUGGAACUGCCACAUUCACCGUGGAAGCCUCUGGUGAAGGACUGUUGAGCUACCAGUGGUUUGGUCCUGGCGGGGACGCUCUCACUGACGUUGACGGAGACAUCGAAGGAUCCAAUUCGUCCACCCUGCAAAUCAUCAAUGUUGAGUCUGGCGAUGCUGGAGAUUACACAGUCGUUGUGACCAACAGUGCGGGAUCAGUCAUCUCUGAUGCUGCAACCCUGUCUAUCGGCGAAGCCCCCGUGAUUGGGACCCAACCAGAGAAUGUGGACGUUGAGCGGGGUGGGAAUGCCACGCUCAGUGUGGUGGCAACCGGAGAGGGACUGAGCUACCAGUGGUUUGGUCCUGAUGGAGAGAUUGAAGGAGCCACCGCAUCCACUUUACGGAUUACCAAUGCUGGACCAGAUGACGCUGGCGACUAUAGAGUGCGAAUUACAACAGUCAAUGGAGGAAUUGUCGAUUCUGACACUGUCUCACUUUCCGUCGGUCCUGCAAUUGACGUACAACCGAGCAAUGUGAAUGCGGAAGCGGGUGGAACUGCCACACUCACCGUGGAAGCCUCUGGUGAAGGAUUGAGCUACCAGUGGUUUGGUCCUGGCGGGAACGCUCUCACUGACGUCGACGGAGACAUCGAAGGAUCCAAUUCAUCCACCCUGCAAAUUAUCAAUGUUGAGUCUGGCGAUGCUGGAGACUACACAGUCGUUGUGACCAACAGUGCGGGAUCAGUCGUCUCUGAUGCUGCAACUCUGUCUAUUGCUCAACCUACCCAAGGUCCCACACUUGCUCCUCUGAUCCUGAACUGCAGUGCCGAGUUCCUCGCUGAGUCUCAGCAAGUGAGUGUGAGCUGCACGUCAAGUAGGGACCUCGACGGCUUGGACUUUGAGUGCAGCUUCAAUGAUUCAUCAGUAACAGAAGGAUGUGGACAAUUCCCGUUCUUUGUGUCUGUCGCUGGAGCUUCAGGAAGCCAGACCAUUGUCAUCAGUGCAACUGAUCCAGCGGAUGGAGCUGGUUUCACGUCAACCAUUACAAUCACAACUACAGCCCCUGAAAUUGAGACCCAACCAGAGAGUGUGGGUGUCGAGCAAGGCGGAAGUGCCUCAUUCACCGUGGAGGCCUCUGGUGCAGGACUGACCUACCAGUGGUUUGGUCCUGGUGGAGUGGCUCUGACUGACAGUGACGGAGAGAUUGAGGGGUCCACUUCAGGAACGUUGACAGUUUUCAACGCUGAGCCUGGCGAUGCGGGAGACUACACGGUCGUUGUGACCAACAGUGCGGGAUCAGUCACCUCUGAUGCUGCAAGUCUGUCUAUUGGUCCUGCAAUUGACGUACAGCCGAGCGAUGUGAAUGCUGCGGAAGCGGGUGGAACUGCCACAUUCACCGUGGAAGCCUCUGGUGAAGGACUGUUGAGCUACCAGUGGUUUGGUCCUGGCAGGGACGCUCUCACUGACGUUGACGGAGACAUCGAAGGAUCCAAUUCGUCCACCCUGCAAAUCAUCAAUGUUGAGUCUGGCGAUGCUGGAGAUUACACAGUCGUUGUGACCAACAGUGCGGGAUCAGUCAUCUCUGAUGCUGCAACCCUGUCUAUCGGCGAAGCCCCCGUGAUUGGGACCCAACCAGAGAAUGUGGACGUUGAGCGGGGUGGGAAUGCCACGCUCAGUGUGGUGGCAACCGGAGAGGGACUGAGCUACCAGUGGUUUGGUCCUGAUGGAGAGAUUGAAGGAGCCACCGCAUCCACUUUACGGAUUACCAAUGCUGGACCAGAUGACGCUGGCGACUAUAGAGUGCGAAUUACAACAGUCAAUGGAGGAAUUGUCGAUUCUGACACUGUCUCACUUUCCGUCGGUCCUGCAAUUGACGUACAACCGAGCAAUGUGAAUGCGGAAGCGGGUGGAACUGCCACACUCACCGUGGAAGCCUCUGGUGAAGGAUUGAGCUACCAGUGGUUUGGUCCUGGCGGGAACGCUCUCACUGACGUCGACGGAGACAUCGAAGGAUCCAAUUCAUCCACCCUGCAAAUUAUCAAUGUUGAGUCUGGCGAUGCUGGAGACUACACAGUCGUUGUGACCAACAGUGCGGGAUCAGUCGUCUCUGAUGCUGCAACUCUGUCUAUUGCUCAACCUACCCAAAGUCCCACACUUGCUCCUCUGAUCCUGAACUGCAGUGCCGAGUUCCUCGCUGAGUCUCAGCAAGUGAGUGUGAGCUGCACGUCAAGUAGGGACCUCGACGGCUUGGACUUUGAGUGCAGCUUCAAUGAUGAAUCAGUAACAGAAGGAUGUGGACAAUUCCCAUUCUUUGUGUCUGUCGCUGGAGCUUCAGGAAGCCAGACCAUUGUCAUCAGUGCAACCGAUCCAGCGGAUGGAGCUGGUUUCACGUCAACCAUUACAAUCACAACUACAGGUCCUGCAAUUGACGUACAGCCGAGCGAUGUGAAUGCUGCGGAAGCGGGUGGAACUGCUACAUUCACCGUGGAAGCCUCUAGUGAAGGACUGUUGAGCUACCAGUGGUUUGGUCCUGGCGGGGACGCUCUCACUGACGUUGACGGAGACAUCGAAGGAUCCAAUUCGUCCACCCUGCAAAUCAUCAAUGUUGAGUCUGGCGAUGCUGGAGACUACACAGUCGUUGUGACCAACAGUGCGGGAUCAGUCAUCUCUGAUGCUGCAACCCUGUCUAUCGGUGAAGCCCCCGUGAUUGGGACCCAACCAGAGAAUGUGGACGUUGAGCGGGGUGGGAAUGCCACGCUCAGUGUGGUGGCAACCGGAGAGGGACUGAGCUACCAGUGGUUUGGUCCUGAUGGAAAGAUUGAAGGAGCCAUCGCAUCCACUUUACGGAUUACCAAUGCUGGACCAGAUGACGCUGGCGACUAUAGAGUGCGAAUUACAACUGUCAAUGGAGGAAUUGUCGAUUCUGACACUGUCUCACUUUUCGUCGGUCCUGCAAUUGACGUACAACCGAGCCAUGUGAAUACGGAAGCGGGUGGAACUGCCACAUUCACCGUGGAAGCCUCUGGUGAAGGAUUGAGCUACCAGUGGUUUGGUCCUGGCGGGGACGCUCUCACUGACAUUGACGGAGACAUCGAAGGUUCCAAUUCAUCCACCCUGCAAAUCAUCAAUGUUGAGUCUGGCGAUGCUGGAGACUACACGGUCGUUGUGACCAACAGUGCGGGAUCAGUCAUCUCUGAUGCUGCAACCCUGUCUAUCGGCGAAGCCCCCGUGAUUGGGACCCAACCAGAGAAUGUGGACGUUGAGCGGGGUGGGAAUGCCACGCUCAGUGUGGUGGCAACCGGAGAGGGACUGAGCUACCAGUGGUUUGGUCCUGAUGGAGAGAUUGAAGGAGCCACCGCAUCCACUUUACGGAUUACCAAUGCUGGACCAGAUGACGCUGGAGACUAUAGAGUGCGAAUUAUAACUGUCAAUGGAGGAAUUGUCGAUUCUGACACUGUCUCACUUUCCGUCGGCGAGUUCAUCUGA